GAGGAGGCGGGCGCGCUCCCUUUUCUUUCCCGGAGCUCUCGUGGGAGGUAACAGCUGGUCUUUAAACCCUUUGUGGCAAUCCUUGGAAGCACCGUCGAGAUGCCCAGGGAAGACAGGGCUACGUGGAAGUCCAACUAUUUCCUGAAAAUCAUUCAACUCUUGGAUGAUUAUCCAAAAUGCUUCAUUGUGGGAGCAGACAAUGUAGGAUCCAAACAGAUGCAGCAGAUCCGCAUGUCCCUGCGUGGGAAAGCUGUCGUGCUGAUGGGGAAGAACACCAUGAUGCGCAAGGCUAUCCGUGGUCAUCUGGAGAAUAAUCCUGCUUUGGAAAAGCUGUUGCCUCAUAUCCGUGGGAAUGUGGGCUUUGUGUUCACCAAGGAGGAUCUGACUGAGAUCAGGGACAUGCUGUUGGCUAACAAGGUGCCAGCUGCUGCUCGAGCUGGUGCCAUUGCCCCUUGUGAUGUCACUGUGCCAGCCCAGAACACUGGUUUGGGUCCCGAGAAGACCUCCUUCUUCCAGGCUUUGGGCAUCACCACGAAGAUCUCCAGGGGUACCAUUGAAAUCCUGAGUGAUGUGCAGCUGAUCAAGACUGGAGAUAAAGUGGGAGCCAGCGAAGCGACCUUGCUGAACAUGUUGAAUAUUUCCCCAUUCUCCUUUGGGCUGAUUAUCCAGCAAGUGUUUGACAACGGCAGCAUUUACAAUCCUGAAGUGCUGGACAUCACCGAGGAGACUCUGCACAGACGCUUUCUGGAAGGCGUUCGUAAUGUAGCUAGUGUUUGUCUGCAAAUUGGCUACCCAACCAUCGCUUCUGUGCCUCACUCCAUCAUCAAUGGGUACAAGCGAGUCCUAGCUGUGGCUGUGGAGACCGAGUACACCUUCCCACUUGCUGAAAAGGUAAAGGCCUUCCUAGCUGACCCCUCAGCCUUUGUGGCUGCUGCCCCUGUGGCAGCUGCAGCUCCUGCUGCCGCCGCUGCUGCUGCUCCAGCCAAAGAGGAAGUAAAGGAGGAAUCAGAGGAGUCUGACGAGGACAUGGGAUUCGGUCUUUUUGACUAACCCCUGCCACACACUAACUAACCACUUCAACUGGUUUAAUUAGAGAAAUAAAGUGCUAUUUUACACCC